UAAUGUAUAACUACAUGAUCCACAUAUAACGUGAUUGAACAUAACCUAAAAUAACCAAUUGGGCUAGAAGAAAGAGGCGUCGCGGUAUAACCUUGAGGAGAGAUUGACGCAGGUCGACAGGGCACAAAAGUUUCCACUACCUGGUGGAACAACAUACCAAAAACCCUUUAUAUUGUGGUAUAACGUAACCUUCGAGGAGAGGUUUUGAAAGCGAAAAUAAAAAUCCCUCCUCUCCCAAUUAGUGUAACCUAUCUGUUGUAUGUACAUACAUACAUUAGGCAUUUUGUACAUACAAUUGUUUUCAAACAGUUACAUUUUUCAAAGAAAAUGCUAAAGUGCGGAAUCUGUGGUUGUAGCGAUUUUUAUAAAGCAUCUGGUUAUUUCUUUUGUACGACAUGUCAAACGCAAAGCCAGGAUGUUGGGGAAGAGGUAGAGUUAGACCUACCCUUAGAAAAUACUGCGAGAUUACGAAAAAGAAAAAUUUAUCGUGCGAAAAGUGUCAAAGAUGAGGAGCUUGGAUGGACAUCUUGGGAAUUAUAUAAUUUUGUUUUAAUUGGUUUGACAAAUGAGCUUAUCGAGCUUGGUGUAUCAGCCGAUAUAAAAAUAACAGUAUUGCAGCUGUGGGCACGAUAUCUGGGAAAACUGGAAGUAGCGUUUAUCUCUGCAAAAAAGAAACUGAUACCAAAACUGGCUAGAAGAUACAAGAAAAGAGAUGCUGAAAUUAUAUAUGGCAAAGUUUUGUCACAAAAGAGAGCCAGAAAACAGAGAAAAACUGGAAGUAACGCAACAGAUUCCGCAGCUUCUACCUAUCCAAAUGAAGAAACCUCCUUAAGAGAAUUAAAUAGGAAUAAAAAACUUAUGAUUACUGCAGACUAUGAUAGAUUUAUGCAGUCACAAACAAGCUCAGAAGGAGAUGUACUUAGUACAUUUAGUCAAAGUGUAUAUAGCGCAGCGCAUUCGAGUCCAAAACAAUCUUGUGAAAAUAUGAGGAUACAAUAUAAUUCUUCCGCUAAAAAAGAAACAAACAGGAUAAAGAGUAUGGCAAAAAAAGUGCCAAGAUACAAACGUAGCAAAUACAAACAAAGUCAUAUAACGACCCGAUAUAAAACAGGGCCAGAAUUAAUUACACCUACAAAAUUGUGGGCAAUCUUAUAUCUGACUUUAAGAAUUCAUAAUCAGGAUAUACAUUUAGGUGAUAUGAUAAGAUAUGGGAGAGAAGGACAUUUAUCUUAUUACAGACUAGAUCGCUUGAUACCUCCAGAAGUAUCUUUAACAAGAAGUGACAUGAAUUUCUUAUCACGAGCUGCGGACAUAACGCACAAGGGUAUGAGAAGAAUUAUUGGACAGAUGGCGAAAUUUCUUGGAGUCACGAAAAUUAUUUGUCCAGAUCUUUUAUCUCUGGUUAAUCGAUAUUGCACUGAAUUAGCUCUACCAAAAGACAUAUCAUCGUAUGCGGAAAGAUUAAUAAGUUUAUCUUCUCCAAAAAUGAUAUUUGAUAAAAAAUCCUGUAUCCCUAAUUACGAAGGUCGUGCCAUGGCAUUUAUUAUUGUAGUACUAAAAACAUUAUUGAGUUUGGAUGGUAUCACAGAAAAUGAAAUUAGUAAUGUUGCCGACAAAAUUAAUAGUGCAAUUAAUGACGAAGGUAUCUGCGAUACAAAACUAUUCAGUUUUCGGAAGUGGCAGAAUUAUAUCGAGUGUCGGAGAGCUGUCUUAAUUAAUACGCACUGCCCUACCAAGUUAAAAUACAAUCCAAAUAUACCAGACGUUAAUAGCUUAUAUAUUAAAUUUUUGGAAUCUAUUGGUUCUAAAAUAGCCAGAGAGGAACCUGAGAUAAUUAUGCAUAAGCAUUCGAUACCACGUGAACUCGUUUACUCAAUGAAACAGUGCAUUACCAACGUAAAUUAUAUUGAUUUAUCAUUAAAUGAGGUAAACGAAUUUUCUCCGACAUUAACGCCAAGUUACUCGUAUCUUCAACAAUUGUUGGAACAUCCAUUAUAUGAUCUUCCGAGUAUUCUCCGAAAUGAUUUUUCGUCUACAAAAUGUGGACACUUGACAAAAUCAGAAUAUAUCUACAAAUUGAUCUCGCAAUACGAUAUGCAAUUAGAUUUCGUUGAUUCAAAUUUGCACUUUAUUGAAAAAACUGUAUCACCUUUCGAGCAAACAAAGAUCGCCAGUGUAAAAGAUUUGAAAGACGAUAUUGCGAUAGAAGAUUCUAUGGAAGAGGAUAUGAAAUGUGUUGAGAGAAAAGAAGAUUUUACUGAUUAUCUACAUAAAGGGAUAGCCUGUCAAUUGAAAAUUGAUGUAAAAAAAAAGCAGUAUUACGACGAUACUCGGAACGCAAUCACAGACAGAACGCAAGCACCUCCGUUAGAAUCCGCAUUAGUCAAUGAAUUUAUAUUUAACGAAAUUCUCCCAGAUGGCAAAUUAUCAAUCCCAGAUAGAUGUCUAGAUGAUGACGAGGGUCAGGAUGAUGAUGCAUGCUUAAAAGAUAUUGGCCCUCAACAAAUGGAAUUAUCAUUAACCAAGUUCUGUAAAAGAUACAAUGCAAAUCUGUCACGUACAGAAAAAAGAGCUAUAUUGAAAGAUUUGAGCUGGUCGAAGAAACGGAAACGCAAACUUGUUCGAAAUGUGCACGGUAAAUUUGUUAAACAAAACGAUACGUGUUUCAAUACGAAAAGUUCAAAAUCAUCUUACAAGGAUGAUUAUUGUGCGGAGGAAACUGAUAUUAUUUCAACAGACACUUCCGAAAUGGAAAAUGUACUACCAGAGAUAUCAGAUAUCUUAAAUUUAAGUACCAACGCCCAAUCUGUUUUUGAUCAUUUCAUGACAACAAAACUUGAAAGCGGAUAUGCUGUAGAUGACCAUUCUGAGAAAUCUUGUAAAAUACUUGAAUCGAUUAUCGACGAAUCUCCUUUUAUAUCGGAUAAAAAGCUGAAUAGCAACAUUCUUAGAUUAUUUAGACCUUUUAAAGAUUAUUGGAUGUAUCAUUGCAAUUUUAGCCGUGUAAAACCAAAGAAUUUUGAAUUAUUCGAAAAAAUGCUACCGCGGAGUUUUCGAUGGUUAUUAAAUGAAUGUGCGAGCAUCGUCGAAAUGUCGACGGAAGACCUGUACGAAGAAGUGUGCCUCGUCGAAGCUUAUUACGCAUAUGUUGUGGAACAAUCCAAGAUUUAUUCGAGUGCAACAAGUAAAACUGACAAUUACACUAACCAAGCAUAUAUCAAUGCAAUUUUGAGGAAAUGGUAAAGUGAAAUAACGAAAAACAUUGUCACAUAUUGUUCAGUUAGAUAUUCAACUGUGAAUUGGUGAUUUGGAACUUGUGAUAUUAUAUCGAUAUCAAAUUUUUUACUUAUACUGCUGAUCUUUUUCACACAGAUUUCAAUGUGUAUGACAUUAAAUUAAUACUAUUGACGAUUAUUAAAACUAUUUUUGUAUAAUGAAAAAAGGAUUUAAUUCUCUUUUAAUUCAACAAAUGAUUUUUUAUGGUUACUAUAUAUUUUUAAUUCAAACCUACAAAUUUUAUUGGGAUAUAUUGUUAGAUAUGUUUACUUGUCACACUACUUUGAAUGCACCAAAAUAUUAAUUGCAUUUCCAUAUA